CAACUGGACCUUAUUCCCCGAGCUCUCAAAAAUGUAUCCGUUCAAGAGGUACGUGGAGAUCGGGAGAGUGGCUCUGGUUAACUACGGAAAGGACUAUGGGAAGCUCGUUGUCAUUGUCGAUGUCGUUGAUCAAAACAGGGCUCUUGUUGAUGCACCCGAUAUGGUGAGAAGUCAAAUGAACUUUAAGAGACUAACUCUCACCGAUAUCAAGAUUGAUAUUAAUAGGGUUCCUAAGAAGAAGACCCUGAUUGAUCCUAUGGAGAAAGCUUGUGUGAAGAACAAGUGGGAGAACAGUUCAUGGGGCAGGAAGCUGAUCGUACAGAAAAGACAGGCAUCUCUUAAUGAUUUUGGUAGGUUCAAACUCAUGUUGGCAAAGAUUAAGAAAGCCGGAAUGGUUAGGCAGGAGCUGGCUAAGCUUAAAAAGGAGAUUGCGGCUUAAAGCUCUCUUCCAUUUAGCCUCUAAUUGUU